GAGGCAAUAAUUUGAGGACAUUUCAGAUGGCGCAUCCUGUCUAUAAUUUUAACUUUAGACGCCGUGUGUAUGUAUAGGACACAUAUACAAAGUCUUUACAAAAUUUGUUAUUGAAAUCAAAUCUUAUAUUCUAUAUACAGAUAAGUAGUGAUUAGUCGUACACAAUCUUAUUAUUUCGUUCUAUUGCGCGACAUGUUUGAUGUUCGUUACGCGUAUUAUUCCUUUAUAUUAUGUAUUAUGUUAACGACUUUGGGAGAUCUCAAAAAAUGUCGUGCGUAAUUGUAAAAGCUUCGUCAGAUUUAUAUUGGAAUCAAUAUCGACUAGCUAGGGUUUCUUAUCAUUAAUGUGAUAAAGCUUAUUUGUUUCUCUCAUUGGUAUGGAGCCAGGUGCUAAAGUUCCUUUGCCAUUAGAACCUAUAAAAUCAAAUCAGGUAGAAGAUAGAAGAUUAUGGGUGGGUAACCUAGAUCUAAGGAUUAAUGAGUACCAACUCCUGAAACUCGUCCAAAAACAUGGAACAAUCGAAAAGUUCGACCUGCUAUUUCAUCGGUCAGGUCCACAAGCUGGUCAACCAAGGGGAUAUGCAUUUGUUACUUAUAAAAAGAUAGAAGAUGCUGAAGCAGCAAAAGAUGCUUUACAUAAUCUAAAAGUAGGUGCUAAAAAUAUAGUAGUAAGAUGGGCUCAUAGUGUCACAGAGCCUGACAUAGAAAAACCAAAGCCAAAAAUAGAUAUACCUGCCUUAGCAGGUGCAAAAAAAGAAGAUAAAAAAAUAAGUCGUGAGACUGCUAUCCAGGCAAUAGAAGCAAAACUCAAAUUAAUGAAAGAAUCAGAAGAAGAAUUUGAAUUGAACAAACCUUUGGAUGGAUCUCCUAUCAUACAUCUAUAUCAGAGAACAGAAAAUCAAAAACCGUCCACAUCUACACGCCAUCAUAAUCGUGGAAACCAUCACCACAAUAACAAGCCAUAUAAUCGUUAUAAGCCAAGAAGAUAACUCAAAUUGUCUAUCCACAUUUUUCAUAAACAACAUAUUUUGAGUGAUCAUUUGAAGAGAAAUACAAUAUGGAAUCCUUUUCAUGUCAUUAUUAUCAUUGAUAUUUAUAUCAUUUAUAUUUAUAAAAGCAUAGUAUUAUAAAAUUGCUGAUUCUUCUCUUGCGUGUGUAUGUGUGCGUGCGUAAAUGAUUCCUAUAUGGUGCAGACAAAUGUAAAGCACCAAAAAUAUAACUAUUUUAAUUCAUUGAUAAUGCUAUGCUUGAUAUGUAUGUACAUGACGUACGUGUAUUUUCAUAAUAUAUUGUAUCAACAUUUUUUGAUAAUAAACAAAAACAUGUAAUAAACUUUAAGAAU